AUGGAUGCUGUAGAGUGGUCCUCCAGAGAAGAAGAGCCAAGUAUGGCACGGGCUGUGGUCCGAAGUGUAGGAGGCUUUACCCUAGGUUUGUCCUUGGCCACAGCCUAUGGCCUUCUGGAGCUCCUAGUGGAAGGACACAGCCCCUGGGGCUGCCUAGUGGCCACCAUCACUUUAGCUGCCUUCCUCAGCUUGGGCAUGGGAUUCUCUCGCCAGAUCCGUGCCACCAUCCUCCUGAUGCUUCCCCAGGUCUUCUCCAGGCAGGGCCGAAUGCUGCUGUUGGUGGCUGCCUUUGGGCUGGUGUUGCAAGGGCCUUGUACCAACACCCUGCGCAACUUUACUCGGGCCAGUGAGGCUGUGGCCUGUGGAGCAGAGCUGGCCCUGAACCAGACUGCUGAAGUGCUGGAGCAGGCAAAGCAGCCCCUUGUCAGUGCUUUGACCAAGAUUAAAGCUAUUGCCCAGAGGGCCAAAGUGGUGGCUGACCGGGUUCGCAAGUUCUUCCGGUCAAUCAUGGAUGGAGUGAGGCAUGUGGCCAGAGCCCUGCGGAAUGUGUGGUACUGGCUCCUCCACGUCGGCGACGUGUGCAACUCAGAGCUGGGCAACCCUUACAUGAAAUGCACUGGGGUGUUUGAUGACGCCAAAGACAACUGUAUGAAGAUCAUGUCACAAUUCUAUCACCUGUGUUAUGUGAUCAUGCCCUUCAAACUCGUGCUCUGUGGACUUGCCAACUUGGUCCAGGUGUUCUGUGUCAUCCCCAAGUACAUCCAGCCCUUCUUGCGAAAGACCAUCAGCACUCCCGUGAUGAAGCUGAUUGACCGGGUGCGUCGUGAAUUUGAAUUCAACAUGACGGCCACCUACUACUUCUCUGUGGACCUCAAUGCCUCUCGGAGCCUGUCCCAGGUGGCUCUGGACCUCCAUGAGGCUGUCGGCAUGAAGCUGCACAGUGCUAGAGAGGUCCUGGCUCUGAUGGGUUACACCACGCCUCUGCUGUUGGCACUUCUCUACCUCCAAGCCUUGUGUUACCGGUAUCGUUACCUGAACUGGGACAAUUUUGACAACAUCUAUAUCACCAGCCGCUUCCUGCGCAUGGAGGCAGUCCGUUCCAUAGCAGGGCUACCCACUGUGCUGCCACUCAGUGCUCAUGAGGCCAGAUGCUACAUCCAGCCAGGCUCCAUCUUCUUGUCCCGACGGGAGCAGAUUUUUUAUAUAUUGGAGACCUUUGCUCUUGUCCGCCAUCUCCUCCUCAUGAUGCUCCUGGUCUUCCUGGACUAUGCUGUCUUCUGGGUGCUUGACCUGGCCCAGUACCACCUGCAGGGGGAGAUCGUGGCCCGAAGCCCUGUGCUAUUGUCUAUAACAGUGGAAGGGACUGGCUAUUCAGGGAAUAUUUACCGUGACCUGGUGUCAGCAUUUGACAUUCUGCAACAAGGCAACAUCAGUGUAUUAUCCCGGCGCUGCCUCCUACAUCCCUCAGAACCAGACACCACUGGUUACAUUGUUAUCGGUACCAUGUAUGGCCUCUGCUUCUUCGUCACUCUCUUUGGCAGUUAUGUCAGCCGGCUGCGGCGUGUCAUUUGUGCCUCCUACUACCCAUCCAGGGAACAGGAAAGGAUUGUCUACCUCUACAACAUACUUCUUAGCCAUCGAACCAACAUUUUAGCCACAGUGCAUCGAGCAGUGAAGCGACGGGCAGCUGACCAGGGCCGCAUGAAUGUCCUCCAAGUGCUAGCCAUCCGGUGCCCCUUCCUGAGUCCAUUUCUCAGCCCAUUUGUGCUGCAUCAAUCCUACUGCCUGGGCUGUGGACAACCUGAAGACAAAGGGGAUGUAGGGAACUUUGUGUCCUGCAGUACCCCAGGCUGCAAAGGUUUCUAUUGCCAUUCCUGUUUCCGGCUCCUGGACAACACCUGUUCUGUGUGUGCAUCUCCCCUCUCCUACCAGGGACACCUGGACCUGGAGCUGGACUCGAGUGAUGAGGAGGGACCUCAGUUAUGGCUGGCUGCAGCUCGAAGAAGGGCCCCUGAACAGGAACUGAAACUGCGACAGCAGCUCCAGGAAGCACUGGGUAGGAGUCUCUCAGAGAGGUCCAGCCCAGAGUCCAGUGACCAAGACAAAGAGAAGGGUCCUGGGAUGAAAUGAAGCUUCCAGAAGCAGAUCAGUCUGCUAGCCUUCAUUUUCUCCCUGAGCCCCAGAUAUCAAUUCAGAAAUUCAACCAUCCACCUCUUCAGCCUCAGAACCUGAGUCUCUUUCCUCCUCCUGAUCCCUCCCAUUAAUCCCCAAAAUAAAGGAACCAA